AUGUACAGACCGCACAUCCCACGGUCCAUACCCGGGCUAUUGGAUGGAGGGGGACGGGAAGGCGGCGCACACCCGCCAGAGCCCUUCAAAUGCCAGUUGUUGGAUGGCUUUGCGAUUCUGGUGCAGAUUCUGAUGGCGAGCAUUGCCCUGAGUUCUCUGAUAAUAAAGCGGAAUAGAGAGACGCCGCAGCGGCCUUUCAAAAUAUGGGCAUUGGAUACGAGCAAACAGGCGGUAGCGGCUGGCUUGGUGCAUUUUGCGAACAUUGCGAUAGCAUCGUUCACGGGAGGCGAAUCGGAGAACUCGGAUAAUCCGUGUGUUUGGUACUUCUUGCAUAUCCUCCUCGACACAACCCUCGGCGUCGGCAUCCUCGCCCUCUUCCUCCGCCUCCUUCACCAACUAGCCGACAAAUUUCACAUGUCCGACAUGCGUUCGGGCUACUACGGCUACCCGCCCCGGAUUCGCGCUUGGGCAAAACAACUCCUCCUCUUCCUCAUCGCCUGGUUCUUCGUCAAACUCACCGUCGUCGCCAUCCUCACCCUCUUCCCCUUUCUCGCCACCGUCGCCGGCUGGAUCCUCAACCCGCUCGUGUCGGGAGACACAGACCCGAGGCUGCAGGUCUUGGUCGUCAUGCUCAUUUUCCCUCUGUGUAUGAAUGUCGUGCAGGCUUGGUUGAUUGAUAUGGUCAUCAAGGGCAAACAUCCGCACCCGCAUCACCACCUCAACCGUCGCAGCAGUUCACGGAGAAAUCUGGCGGGAAGCUAUCGACGUGUAGGCGAUCAGGCGUCGACGGACGAUUUAGGCGGCGGGGGCGGGUUGGCGGAUUCCACAGUCGACAUCCACGAUUCGGACUCGGAUAACGCGAACAUGGAGGACUCUGCGAAUCCAUAUUUACACGACGACGAGGAUGAUGACGAUAGCGGAGGGGAUCCAUUACACACCUACCACACAGCAUCCGACUCUGAAUCCCUCCUCGACGACAUCGACGAGCAUCUCGGUGCCGAUGCGGUGCGGAUGUCGGCUACCACAGACUCCCCGAAGGGUUCGGCUGCGGGGUCGGGGAGGAGCGGGAGGAGCGGGACGACGAGCCCGGCGUUGGGGCGGAAUGUGACGGAGCGCGCGGGGAGGAGCUCGCCUUUGGGAAUGGGUGGUGGGAAUUGA